UUUUGGGUACAUAGGAGGAGAGCAUUACAAUUCGCAUCGCAGGCUGCGUGCCCAAUAAGCUUUAUGUGCUUUAAUUUUCCAUACGUUUGCAAAGGAUGGGGGGACAUUGGUGUAGUUGUGCGCCGCGAGGGAGAAGUGCCGCGCAUUUUAUAAAGUUCCAACACCACCCCGUUAUUGCUGCCGUCGGACUAUUCUAUACGAUUGGCCGAAUCGUUCCUUUUCUCUCAACUGUUUGUAUAAUGUUGGAUGUUUAUUUAUAACAGAAAUCGUCAGCUCCAGGUCAGAAAUAGAGGUGUAGAUCCGAAUUUUCUCACCACACACUGACACGAUGAAAAAGCUCUGGCAUAGCAAUAUGGGAUACAGCGAGAUACGCGAAACGGAUCGUCAUCAAUACAGCCAGCCAAUUCCGUUUCGGCUGCUGGGCCACUGUUCUCCAGGCUAGACCGACUAAAAAUAGUUGAAACCGGCCUGGAUUCACAUUCACUACGCGAUGGUGUGUAGUAGUUGUAUAGUGUGGUGUUGUGCUCGGAAAUCUGGACCACCUAUUAUUAUUAUACUUUUUGUCUUGGGCAGCAUCGGCAGCAAGGCUGCCUGUUCUACAGCCACUUUUCACACAAUACUUCUUCUCACUCCCAACCAUUAUUACCAGUCGCAAUUUUUGAUUCUCACCACCAGUGACGAUAUUAAGUGAAUUUUUUUAGUGCUCCUCGUUGGACAAUUAAAAAAAAAUACGCGAGGAUCAAGAACGAAUCUGGAGUGUGCGAUCAAGCUUACGAUCAUUUGGUGUGUUUGUGUGUGAGUGAUAAAAGUGUCUGAUAUCACGAUCACCAUUAACGGCAAGGAUUUCAGUGCAAUGUGCAAUUGGAGAAAGUAGCAAAGGCUGCAAGAUCAUUCGUACAGUUUGAAGAUCGCAUCGAAGAUUUUUCUUGCACACACAGUAUAGUGCUCCGAAUCGAAUUAAAAAAAGAAUCACCACACAUUCAUCUCAGAGACAAUCAAUUUAAAAAGGGGUUUUGUGUUUGCCGUGUUUGCUGAAAGCGUGGCCUUUUGAGGAUCACAUGGAUCGUGAAAAAUUUGAUAUUCUGCUCUAUUCUUUUUUCACCACCCGCAAUGUUCUGCUCUGGCAAAAGAGACAGAGAUCAUCGAUCGCAGCACAUCAAUGGAUGCUGCACAGCCGUCAAACAGUACCCAGCAAUUCUGCCUGAGAUGGCACAAUCAUCAGGCCAGCCUUUUGAGUUCGUUGCCCCUCCUGCUGGAUCAGUCACAUCUCACGGAUGUCACACUGUCUGCCGAAGGGAGAACCGUGAGGGCACACCGAGUGGUACUGAGUGCAUGCAGUACAUUCUUCUCCGAGCUAUUUCGGACACUCGAUCCUCCAUACCAUCCCGUUGUUGUGCUUCCGGGAGCCUCAUUUGGCGCCACCGUGGCCCUCCUCACAUUCAUGUACUCGGGCGAGGUGAAUGUGUUUGAGGAGCAAAUCUCCAGCCUGCUCUCCCUUGCCGAAACGCUGGGCAUCAAAGGAUUAGCUGACUUCAAUGGGAAUGCCCCGAAAACAUCACCAAAGCGAGAGACUGCGUCAUCUCUGAAAGACACCUUGGAUAUGCCGGCUGCUGCUUUGGCAGCCAAAGUCUCCUCACCCCUUGAGAAUCUCUUCUCAAAACCCUUCCCCUUCUACCCGAAUCUCCUGCCGCAACCCCUUAAUUUCUCCCAGAGUGCAAUGGCCAAUAGAGCGUGCGAUCUCUUUGCACGGUACCAAAAUCAAGCGACCAAGUACAAUCUCCUCCCGCAGGACGGGAAAAAUCACGAUGAGCACAUGGAUGAGGAGAAUAACAAUAGGAGGAUGUUCAAUGAGCACAGGAAGCACAAGGCGGACAUGAAGAAAAUUGACAAAAUUGCCGAAUCCCUGAGGACGUCCAAUAAAAAUUAUCUGGAGCAGCAGCAACAGCAAAAGGGAGCUCUUGUUCCGCAAUCACCUCCUGCACCUGUUGUCCUUAAACCUCCACCGCCACUUCCAACAACCCUUCAGCAUCACUUUAUGCCCGAUGAUACCGGUACGACAAUGAUUAAAUCCGAAAAUCCCCUAAUUGAAUCCCCGCAUGCUUCCCACUCGCAACCCUCAACACCAACCAUGACACCCGAUCCAAUGACCACGGAAUCUAUGCUGGAAAAAUCAAUUGCGAGCGCCAUCAAUAAGCCGAGUAACUCCAAACUCUACGCAACGUGCUUCAUCUGCCACAAGCAACUAAGCAAUCAGUAUAACCUGAGGGUACAUCUUGAAACUCAUCAGAAUGUUCGGUAUGCUUGCACUGUGUGCUCCCACGUGUCUCGUAGUAAGGACGCCCUGAGGAAGCAUGUCUCCUAUCGGCACCCUGGAGCUCCGAGCCCGUGUGAAUCAGAGACACGACGAAAGCGCGCCAAAAUGAUGGGUCUGCAGAUAAAGCAGGAACUUAUGGAUCCCCAAACUCUUCUGUCGUCGCUACAGCAACAAGCCCAAAUGGCCUCAGCUUCGACAUCUCAAACACCGAUUAUACCUCCCUGUCCGUCUCCUCAUCAAGCGCAUCAAAUUCCCACACCUCCAGACAACAAUCUAUCCACCCCCAAUACAGACUUGGGGGCUACAAAUCUAACCAAAGACACUAAAAAUCACGAGACUAUGCAGUAGGGGGUAAAAAAACUGUGGACAGACAGGACUCUCCGCACCCCAAACAUUGACCAACUAAAAAAAGGAAACAAGUAAACCUUCGUUACAUUUUCUUCAGUCAGUAAAAGACUAAAAAUUAUAACAUAGAUUUCUCUUCACUAUUCUUUUCUUUUUUUUUCUAAUAAAAAUCUCCCCUAGCUGUGAUAGAAUUUUACGAUAACUUAUUCAAGAAUUUAUAAAAGAAAAACAAGGUUUUGUUUGAUAAAAAAAAUGUAUAGUCUCGAAGCAGACACAAACACACUCCUCAAGAAAAAAAAAUAUAAUAAAAAAAAUUUCCUAGGUUUUCAUCCAACAAAAAAAUUGGUAAAAUACAACAGUUUAAAAGAAAUUUAGAUAUAAACCUACAUUAUACGAUAUCACACGUAAGAAAUUAAUAUUGGGAUAUUUUUUUCAUUGAAUCAAAAGAUUUUUUUCUUUUAAACUAAAAAUUAAUAUUUAUUUUAUUAAAAUGUUAAAAGUUUACGAAAUUUCAAAUUUAAAUCUGUUUAUGCAAAAAAAAAACCUGAAAACAUCAAAAUGUUGCCUUCACAUUAUUCUUCAAAAGUCUUAAAAAAAUAUUUGUUUCUUCAGUGUGAUAUCUUAGAGACAAUUCGAAAAACAAUUUCUAGUCAUAAUAUACUCGUACCUAGUUUAAUUUUUUGUUUACUUCACCUUCUACAAAAUAUAAUCUUAUUUAUUUAAAAAAAUGCGUGUACAAAGAAAAAAAAACUACACACAGAAAAAAACUCAAAACAAUGAAUAUAAAAGACAAUAUUUAACUUCACGAUAUUUUACUUAAGUAGCCAAAAGGAAUAAAAGAAAAAAAAGAACACAAAUUAAAUCAAGUUUUAACUUAAACAAAUUAUUUAAAUUAAAUAUUAUGUUGUAUAUAAUUCAUGUUAUUGUUAAAUAUUAUAUAGUUUAUGGUAGGAUUGUUGUAUUUUGAUUUUAUCAAAAAUAAAGGCAAAAUAAUAAAAAAAAA